AUGUCACGUAACUCCAAGUUCGACGAUGAACCCUCUCAACAACAAACCGAAGACAUCGAAUCCAAUCUCGCAAAGCCCGUUCCCGUUAGCGACCAUGCAGACCGUGCAGCCGAGAUGAUUGGUGCUCAGCACAUCGAAGUCACAGAAGAAGAUAAUAAACGACUCCGCCGCAAAACCGACAAGCACAUCCUCUCCAUCCUAGUAUGGGUAUACUUCCUUCAGAUCCUCGACAAGUCGGUCCUCGGAUAUGGUGCUGUCUGGGGCAUGCGCGAGGACACAAACCUCUCAGGAAACGAGUACUCCAUGGUCAGCUCCAUGGCUCCAAUCGCUCAACUCGUCUGGCUGCCUUUCUCGUCCUGGCUCAUGGUCAAAAUCCCGCAUCGUAUUUUUAUGAGCAGCCUUGUCUUUGGCUGGGGAACCGCACAGGCCUGUAUGGCCGCUUGCACAAGUUAUGAAGGCUUACUGGCCACGCGCUUUUUGCUGGGUCUUUUCGAGGCAGCCUGUCUUCCUCUCUUUUCUGUCAUCACUUCACAAUGGUACCGACGCGCUGAACAGCCGAUGCGCGUCGCGUGUUGGUACGGUACCAACGGUGCAGCCAACAUGUUUGCCGCUGUAUUGUCAUAUGGACUUGGUCAAAUCAACGGAUCUCUUGCCUCAUGGCGUAUCCUGUUCCUCUUUGCUGGCUUGAUCACCGUUCUUACGGCACCUGUCGUAUACUGGGCUCUUGACAACGACAUUCCCUCCGCGCGUUUCUUGACAGAGCAUGAGAAGCUACAGGCUAUUGAGCGUCUGCGAGCUAAUCAGACAGGCACUGGUACCCGCAACUUUACGUGGUCGCAGGCCUUUGAAGCGCUCAUCGAACCCAAGACGUGGCUCUUCAUCGGCAUGGCCUUGUGUCUCAACGUCACUGCCGCUGUCACCAACACCUUUGGACCCAUCAUUGUCGGCGGCUUCGGUUUCGAUAAGGGCGUCACGUCGCUUCUCAACAUCCCAUUUGCUGCCGUCCAGCUUCUCGUCAUUUUCCCCGCAUCGUACCUCGCCCACCGAUUCCGUAUCAAGUCAGCCUUCCUUAUCGCAGUCAUGCUGCCCGUCCUCGCAGGCGCUGUCAUGUUGCACCAGCUCAACCGCGACAACACAGCCGGCCUCCUGGCAGCAUACUACAUGCUGGCCUUCCUCUUCGGCGGCAACCCGCUCAUCGUGUCAUGGAUGAUCUCCAACAUCGCCGGAACCACAAAGAAGUCCGUCAUCAUGUCUCUGUACAACAUCGGUGUCUCAGCCGGAAACAUCAUUGGUCCCCUACUCUUCAGCUCCAAGGACGCACCUUACUACAAGCCUGGUCUUACCAAGACAAUGGGUAUCACCGGUGCCAUGGUCGGAGUUGUCAUCCUGCAACUCGUCAACUUGAUGUUCUUGAACAAGCUACAGGAGCGCAAGCGUGUCAAGAAUGGCAAGCCUGCUAAGAUUCGGGAUCUCAGCAUGGAGCACCGAUAUGUGGCUAAUGCGGCCGAGGGCGCGGAUAAUGAAUUGGGACAGAACGCGUUUAUGGAUCUCACUGACUCCAAGAACGACGAGUUUGUGUUUGUUUACUAG